UUUACAUAAGUAUUUAUUCGUUUACAUAAGUAGAUUUUUCUCUAUUUAAAAUAUGAUUAUUAUUUUAGGACGGCCGGACGGGAGGUGUGACGGGUAGAUCGAGACGCUGGCUGGAAUGCUUGUUGGGUUCUUCCCCUCGAAGGCACCGGCUCAGCUUCUUCCCCACGGAAAAGAGAAACGCGCACCGUUUCCGUUUCCGUUUCCCUCGAAAAGUCCGGUGCCCAUCUCUGUCGCGCCGUGUGCGCUGAUGUAAUGGUGGGACCCUGUGUCAGCGUCUAGAGGCUGUGUCUCCAACCCCAUCGAGGCCGUCCAUCUCCCCCCGUCGGACGAUCACGGCCAUCCGUGCCGUCCCAGCUUUUCCGUUCGUCGUCUUGUCGUGCUCAAACCGCGUGGUCCUCCUCGUCUUGUUCUUCCGCUUCGUUUCGGUUUCUCCUCCAAACCCCCAUUCCCCGUCAUCCCCAAGACCCCAACAGCAACAGGAGCACCAGCGGAAGUAGCAGCAGCAGCAGGCCGCCGCCGCCAUGUCCAUCCGCAAGGCGCUGGGCGCGGUCAAGGACCAGGCGACGAUCGGCAUCGCGCGGGUGACGGGCGCGGUGGCCCCCGACCUCGACGUGGCCAUCGUGCGCGCCACCUCCCACGAGGACGCGCCCCCGGACGAGCGCCACGCGCGGGAGGUGCUCCGCCUCGCCUCCGCCACGGGCGCCGCCCCCGCCUGCGUCGCCUCCAUCGCCCGCCGCCUCUCCAAGACCCGCGACUACGUCGUCGCCGCCAAGUGCCUCGCGCUCCUGCACCGCCUCGCCACCUCCACCGCCUCCGACCACGCCGACCCCACCGAGGGUGGCACCGAGGGCGGCGUCGGCACGCCGUCCUUCCUCCACGAGCUGCUCCGCCCCACCCUCACCGGCCGCCGCGCGGGGGAGCCCGUCCUGGCGCUGCUCCUCGACUUCCGCGACGACGCGCACGCGGCGUCGUGGGACCACUCCACCUUCGUCCGCGCCUACUCCACCUACCUCCUCGACCGCGUCCGCUUCCUCGUCCUGCUCCUCCCCGCGCCGCGCUUCGCCGCCGCCGACGACUCCCGCGUCGCGGGACCAGGUCCACUUCCACCGCAAGCGUCCACGGCCGACAUGGACACGGACGCGCUCCUGGGCCGCGCGCGCCACCUGCGUCACCUGCUCGACCGCGUCCUCGCCUGCCGCCCCGCGGGCGGCGCCGGGACCAGCCGCGUCGUGCGCGCCGUGCUCCACCCGCUGCUCAGGGACAGCUUCAGAGUCUACGAGGACGUCGCGCUCGUCCUCGCCCUCCUCCUCGACCGCUUCUUCGACAUGGACUACCCCGACUGCGUCAAGGCCUUCGAGACCUACGUCGGCACCGCCAAGCAGAUCGACGCGCUCCGGGGCUUCUACGCCUGGUGCGACGACGCCGGCGUCGCGCGCUCGUCCGACUUCCCCGACGUCAGGCGCGUCGACGACAAGCUCCUCGAGACGAUGGAGCAGUUCCUCAGGGAGCGCGGCCGGGCGGGGCGCGCCUCGGUCUCGCCGCCGCGUCCGCGAUCGGCGCGCGACUCUGCUGUCAACGCGCGAGGCGAUGACGUCGACCACGUCGACGACAUGAACGGCAUCAAGGCGCUCCCGGCGCCGCCAACGCGUUCCAGCGGCGGUGAGCGCGCGCGCCCGGUGGUGUUGCCGACGAAGGAGGCCGCCGAUCAGAGCGUUCUAGUGGACCUGAGAGAACCGGCUGCCACCGCGGACGAGCAGGGCAACAAGCUGGCGCUCGCGCUCUUCUCCGCGCCGCCGGCCACGGACGGCGACAACUGGGUCACGUUUGCGUCGGACGCCGCCCCAGAGCCAGCGGUGACCUCGGCGUGGCAGACGCCUGCGGCGGAGCCAGGGAAGGCGGACUGGGAGCUGGCGCUGGUGGACACGGCGAGCAACCUGUCGAAGCAGGCGGCGUCGCUGGGCGGCGGGAUGGACACGCUGCUGCUGGGCGGGAUGUACGAGCAGGGCGCCGUGAGGCAGCAGGUGGCCGCGCAGGCGGCGUCGGGGAGCGCGAGCAGCGUGCUGCCCGGGCACGGCGCGGCGGCUCCCGUGCUGAUGCUCCCGGCGCCCGACGGCACGGUGCAGACUGUGGGCGGUGACCCGUUCGCGGCGUCGCUGGCGGUGCCGCCGCCGUCGUACGUGCAGAUGGCGGAGAUGGAGCGGAAGCAGCAGCUGCUGGUGCAGGAGCAGCAGAUGUGGGCGCAGUACCGCCAGGGCGGCAUGCAGGGGCAGCCCGCCGGGUUCAACGGCCUCGCCGGCGGCGGCGUGGUCCCGUCGAACGCCGGCAUGGCCGUGCCAUAUGGGGGGUAUGGCGGGAUGCCCAUGGCGUACAACCAAGUCGGUGGGUACUAUUAGUGUUGCUUUGCUAUUGCUGUGUCCGUGAUGAUCGGGUGCGUCAAUAAUGGUCGUGAUGACAACAAGUUAAUAGCGCGUGUCUCUCGAUCGAUUCUGAAUGUACGUACAUCGGAAAUGAGAACUCCGGUCCUGUUGAAGGUCCAUUUUCCUCUGUGUCUUGUUGGCACAUAGAGCCAGAGACCGUGUGGAUUAUGAGAUUAGGAAAAGUGUAAAUUUCACUAUCAGCUGUUGUCGAAUUUUUGGUAGCUGUGUUCCCCUCGAAUUUUGAUAUUUGUGCCCCUGAAUUUGUACGACAAGAUCAUCCAGAAUUAUGUUCACUGAACUUGUAUGGUGGUGUAUUCUAGAUCCAUAAACUUGUUUGAUUA